AGUUAACAGUGGCAGGCGAUGAAAUGGUGAAUUGAUUUCCCAAAAUAGACCAACCGUUGAAUCCCCCACCCCGCCUGCAUUUUCCAUUUAUCUCUCUCUCUCUUUCUCCUUCUCUUCCCUUCGUUGUCCCCCAUUUCUCAUCUUCCUCAUCUCUCAAGAAUAAUAUCAGGGGGAUCACGACCAUUUUUGGGAAGAAAUUUGUCAACAACAAGAAUAUAUUUGCCGCAUUUAGAUAAUCUCAUAUGAGGUAAAAGAAAAGAUAUCUUCCUUUUCUCAAUCUCGCAAAUUGUCAGAUUCUUGAAUUAUUAGCAUAUUGGGGUGAUUGUUUUGGAACAAUUAGUUGUUGUUUUCAAGAUCAGCGAAAAAAUAUUAUCUGGGGGAAACGGUUGUAAACCCUACUUCUUUCGAUUUGGGGAAAAUAUUGGGGGAUUUGAGUCCGACCCAGAUGACAUGAGGAUUGGGAGGAGUUAAUUUUUAUUGUGAUUUGAUUGCCCAUGUAUGGAUCGAUCAUUGUCGACUUGGGUAAUCUUCAUAUUGGGGAUCUUCUUCUGUUUAUUUAGUCUUCCUGUGCAGUCGCAGGGCAAUGUGAAUUCCCCUAACUUACAACCGCCGCCGCCGGAAUCUGAGAAAUCGCCGCCUCCACCACCGCCACCACCACCUCCACCUCCAUCUCCCCCUCCGCCUCCCCCACCUUCACCAUUGGCUCCUCCACCUCCUCCACCCAAUCAAAGAGCCCCUCCGCCACCUCCUCCCAAGAUUAAAACCUCAGAGAAGGAACAUUCACACCACCCUCGAGACCACCAUAAGUCUAAUGUUAAAUUAAGCCCACCACAAAAGGAAAAGAAGCUAAAUUGGGGGAAGAGACUUGGGUUAAUGUUUGUUGGCAUUGCCGCGAUCUUGCAGGUCUGUGUUGUGGCGUUUUUAAUAAUCAAGAGAAGGCAAUUGUUGAAAGCACAUUCUGGAUUUUGAAGACACAAUUCCAUUGGAUGAAUCUGUUGUUGCUUCAAUUUCUUUGACUAAUUAUUGUUAGCUGGUGGAGCAUGUUUUUAUAUAGCUAGAGUUAUACAAAUUGAGAUUCUUUGAACAGCGGAUUUGGCAACGAAUAUGGCACUCCAUGGAUUACUUAAAUUAAGGAUUCAGCAGAAGAUUGGUGUCGACAUUUCUGUUUUUGCUCUUGUAAAUUGGUGAUAAAGGAAAGUUUGCCUCAUUUAUCAUUUGUAAGGAAGUGGCCUGGAUUUGUUUUGAAGGACAUUAAAGAUUUACCUAUUUUCUGUUUGGUAAGAUGUGGACCUUGUAGCUUGUAGAGAGGCAAGGAUACUUGUUGUUAGAGGCAUGACUUGUCAUUGUUGAGCUGUAAUGAUGAUUUGUACCAUAGAGAUUGAACACCAAGAAAACCAGUUAUUUAUAACUAUAAUAUUGUCCUCCAUAUUAUUAACCAAAAACAGGCAGAAGUGUAUAAAAUGUAUCUGACUUGAACGGUUAUAAACAUCACUAAAUACAGGUUAUCUUUAUUAUUUAAUCUGAAUAAUGUUUCUUUCUGUAAUAAUAAUGUGAAGAAGUGUCGAUCCUUUUUUCCUUUGUGUUUUAGGGGUCGUACAAUUUUCUGACCUAAUGUCACAAGGCAUAAGUUAUCUUGGAUGAGUUGUAUUGUUUCUAAUUAUAGAACUUGCCCUUGGAUGACAAGUUUAUUAUACCUAUUAUUGAACUUAUGCCUCUUUCAACUCA